UUACCCGCUUUAAUAAGAUGAUUCCACUAUCCGAAUGGCUAUCGCCGUGGCUUGCACGCACCCCUUUGCGUCGUUGACCGUACAUUUAAGGUGAAUGACCUUAUUCUUUAGAGGUUUUGCACCGACAGGAAUUACACCGGGGGUGUUGGACUCUGUAUCUCUUUCACUGUGAAAGGGAACAAAGCCUCUGCCUCUCUUUACUUUCAGGUCCCGACCUAUCCUACUGUACAGCUCUGACAACCUCUGAAGCUGAUCUCAAAAAGGGGUUCUGCGAUUACUGAAUAGCCGUCGAAAAAUUCGCUGAUGGGUUUUCACUUCAUGCUUCUGGCCUUGUUUGGUUUUAAUUCAGAAAUGAGAAAGAACAUAGAUAAUGUCAAUUUCAAUGCCUCUGGUUUCAAAUAUGUAACCAGCUUGAAGAAGCAUUUGGAUACUGUCUAACGUGUACUGAUGCUGACAUCUCUCAAGAGAAAUUCUCAAUCAGGAAGCAAAGCAAGGAAAAGUAGAUUCUAAUGGAAAAAUCACACAAUCCUUUUCGUCUUCCCAAUCUUCCUGAAUCUGCAUCUACACAGAUCACUGACAGAUUUAAUUUAGAUGGGUAUGGGAGUCGUGGUGCUUUUCUUACUACAGGCCUGAAGAAAAGGGGUCAUGGAAGUCGGUCUUGGACAAAAAUUGAUAAAAAUGGCAACUCAAAGAUUUUGAAGCUCGACAAGGCUACCAUAAUGAGACAUUGUUCUUUGCCUGCCAGGGAUCUCCGACUUUUAGAUCCUGUGUUCAUUUAUCCUUCUACAAUAUUAGGAAGGGAGAAGGCUAUUGUGGUCAGUCUUGAACAGAUCAGGUGUAUAAUCACAGCUGAUGAGGUUAUCCUGAUGAAUUCUUUGGAUGGAUGUGUUGUUCAGUACCAGUCAGAAUUGUGCAAACGCCUCCUGACAAACAGAGAUCAAACUGAGGAUCUACCUUUCGAAUUUAGGGCACUGGAGCUGGCUUUGGAACUAAUAUGCAUGUCCCUAGAUGCUCAGGUAAAACAACUGGAAAUGGAGUUAUAUCCUGGGCUAGAUGAAUUAGCAACAUCUAUUAGCACUCUUAAUCUAGAACGCGUGCGUAGACUCAAAGGCCACCUCCUUGGCUUGACUCGGCGAGUUCAGAAGGUCCGAGAUGAAAUAGAACAUCUCAUGGAUGACGAUGGUGACAUGGCUGAGAUGUAUCUGACCGAAAAGAAACAAAAGUCAGAGGCUUACACCUUGAGUGAUCUUUAUCUACGAACUGAUACUUCAGGUGGGGCCACAGAGAUUUCGAAAUCUGCUCCUGUUUCACCUGUGGCGUCCAUCAGUGGAGCUCAGAAUCCACAAAGGGCUUUUAACAGGAUCUUCAGUAUGAGCAAAUAUGGAAGCUUAACGGGUUCAUCUGAUAAUGGGGAAAACAUCGAACAACUGGAAAUGUUGCUUGAGGCAUACUUUGUUGUCGCCGACAAUUCUCUUAGCAAGUUGUUAUCGCUCAAAGAAUACAUUGAUGAUACUGAAGAUUUUAUCAAUAUUAAACUGGGCAAUGUUCAGAACCAUCUCAUACAAUUUCAGUUGCUUCUCACGGCUGCAACCUUUGCAGCUGCAAUAUUCGCUUGUGUCACAGCAGUAUUUGGAAUGAACUUUGCAGACUCAGUUUUUGACCAUCCUUCUAUGUUCAAUUGGGUUCUGGUUAUUACUGGUGGCGCCUGUGGAUUUUUGUACUUCGCUUUCCUAUUUUAUUUAAGGCACAGGAAAAUCAUUCCAUUGUAAAUUGUGAUAGUGCAAAGUGUUUUUACUUAAAUGAAGAAUUAAAGUGUUUUAUUUUUCUCA